AAGUGCCACGACUCCACAGACCACGGAUAGGAUAGACGGAGAAAUCGAGACAGAGAAGGAGCCUUUGGACAGCCACACAUUUCAUUUGAAUGUGAAAAUUAUUUCACAUAUCGCUACCACACAAGUACAUUUCCUGGUUGGACUGAAGUGUUCACAGAAAAUAUAGAAGGCUUAGUUGGACAUCGUCUCGUCGGCUAGUCAGUCAUGGACAUCUACGACCCCCAGACGCUCGGCAUCGUGGUCUUCAGCGGCUUCAUGGUCUUCUCGGCCAUCGCCAUCGCCCUGGUGUCCACCUUCUCCAUGAAGGAGACGUCGUACGAGGAGGCGCUGGCCAAGCAGCGCAAGGAGCUCGGCAAGGCCGGCCAGCAGCCCCAGCAGCAGCGCGCCGCCGCAGCGGACAAGAAGAAGAAGGACAAGGCCCGGAAGAAGAAGGACGACAAGCCCAACGGGAAGCUGCCGGACGCCGAGCCGGCCACGUCCGACCUGAGCGAGUCCGAGGGACCCCAGACAACGCCUGUUCCUGCCGCCGAACCCGAGCCCGCCCCCGCCCCUGCACCCGAGCCUGUGGUUGUAGCUGCCGCACCGGUGGUCACAGCCACCCCAGCUCCUGCCCCUGUGGCAGCCGCCCCUGCUGCCCCAGCUCCUGCCCCAGUGGCGGCCGCCCCCUCCCCCAAGGACAAGAAGAAGAAGGAGAAGAAGGUGGCCAAAGUGGAGCCGGCUCAGGCCCAGCAGACCUCCGCUGCCCCCCCGGCGCCCUCCAAACCCGCCGCUGCCAAGCCUGCCGUUGCCAAGACCGCCGAGCCCGCCGUGGUCAAAGAGGUCCCGGUGAUGGCGGUGCCACCGGUGGGUGCCCAGAAGAGCAGCCCAAAGCCAGCCCCUGCGCCCGCGGCUGCACCUGCUAAAGCCGAGGAGGCCAAAGGGGACGCACCAACCAAGAAGAAGGGAGGCUCCAAGAAGAAGACAGAGCCUGCUGCUGAGAAGGUGGUGGUGGACUCCGUGGACUCUCCGCUGUACCUGCCCUACAAGGCCCUGGUCUCCACGGUGAAGAGCAUGAUGUUCAGCGAGCAGGAGGCCCAGCAGCUCAUCGAGGUCCUGAGCGAGAAGGCCGGAGUCGGCACUUGGCAUACGGCAUGUGUGAAGGGUGACCCGGUGGCGGUGCUGAAGAAGCAGCUGGAGGAGAAGGAGAGGCAGCUGGCCACCGAGCAACAAGACGCCGCCGCCGCCAAGAACCGCGUACGCGACCUCACCAAGGAGAUGAGUGCGGAGAAGUCCAAGGUGGCGUCCGUGGAGGCCAAGCUGAAUGCCCAGCUGAGUUCCCGCGAGCAGGAGAUGGUGGCGCUCCAGGCACGCAUGCAGGCCAGUUACCAGGACCACGUCGCCGAGACGCACAAGUACAAGGCCAAGAUCCAGGGUCUUCAGGAUCAGCUGGAUAAGGGCCCCAGUGCCCAGAUGGCCCGUCUGCAGCAGGAGAACUCCAUCCUCAGGGACGCACUCAACCAGGCCACCAGCCAGACCGAGAGCAAGCAAAAUGCGGAGCUGGCCAAGCUGCGUCAGGAAUGUGCCAAGCUGACCAAGGAUGCGGGGGAGAAGAGCGAGGCUCUUCAGGCGGCCGAGCAGCUGAGGAAGGGCCUGGAGGCCAAGGCAGCCGCCGCCGAGGGCCAACUGGCCCAGCUGCAGGCGAGCCGGGCGUCCAGCGAACAGGCGCUGCAGCGGCGUCUGGAGGAGGUGAGCGAGGAGCUGAGGGCCUCCCAGAGCACCAGCAGCAGCCUGCAGACACAGCUGGAGCAGACCAAGCAGGACGGCACCUCCCUCACAGAUCUGCAGGCGCGGGUGGCGUCGGCGGAGGCGAGCCUUGCGGAGCGCGGGGAGCUGGUGGAGGCUUUGGAGGCGCGGCUGGCCCAGGCGGAGCUGGAGAAGAGCCAGCUGGAGGACCAGGUGGGGUCCAUACACACCCUGCUGGAGGCCAGCCAGAGUCGGGAGGAGGACGACGGGGAGAAGCAGGCUAACACAGACGCAGAGCUGGAACAAAUGAAGAGCAGUCUGAAGGAGAAAGAAGUGCAGCUGGCAGCCCUUGAGGAACAACUGAAGCAGAUGUCCACAGACACUAUUACAAGCACUGCUGCAAACACUACAGAGGCUGCACAGGCGCCCAGCGAAGAGCUGAAAUCUUUGAGAGAGGAGGUGGAGAAGAAAAAUGCCAGCAACGCGGAGAUGACGAGCGAGAUGGAACAACUUAGAGUGAGCCUCCAAGAACGUGAGAUGCAAUUGGCGUCAAUGGAAGCUGAGCUUCAACAAGUGAAGGAGGAGAAAGCCAGCGUUCCCAACCAGGCCGACAACACAGCUGAGCUGGAAGCACUACAAAAUGGCCUGAGGGUACAGCAGGAGCAGGUGGCCUCUCUGGAAGAGGAACUAAAGCAAGCCAAGGCCAACGCUGACCUUCGGCCUGACCACACAACAGAAUUGGCCUCACUACAGAGCAGCCUAUCGGAAAGAGACGCCCUGGUGACCUCACUACAACAGGAGCUACAGAGGAUGUCCGCAGCAGCAGAACAAUCAAAGGACGGUGACAACGCAACAGCAUUUCAGUCGGAAACUAAAGAAGUCCUCCACUCACUCUUCCCACAUAUCGACAUUCAAACAGAAGAGACCCAAUGGUUGCAAGACUUUGCACAGAAAGCAGCAGAGACGCUUAGCCAAAUGCAACAGAGUCAGGAAACACAGCACAGUAAAGCAGAGCUGGAGGAGGUGUCGGGGAAGCUGAAGGCAGCAGAGGAGGGCCAGGUCACACUACAGGCUGAGUGUGAACAGUACAGGACCGUCCUCGCAGAAACGGAGGGCAUGCUGAAGCAUCUGCAGAGGAGUGUGGAGGAAGAGGAGCGAGGCUGGAAGACCAAGGUGGCAGAGCUACAGGAGCAGCUGAAGACGGCCAAUGAGAAGGUGCAGAGUAUGGAGCAGCUGGCAGACAGCCAGAACACAGAUCAGCUGAGGGAGCAGGUGAUGCUGCUGGAGGCCCAGCUAGAAAAGCAGCUGGAGUCAGCCACCUCAGACAGCAACACGUACUCAGAGGAGAUGAACCAGCUGAAGCUGCUGCUAGCGGAAACCCAGGGUCAGCUGGAAGGGGCCCACAGGGAGGCUGAGGCUCAGAGGGAGGAGCUGGGACUGGUCAGAGAGCAGCUGGGCGAGAUGACCGAGCACGCCCAGAGAGAGGACCAGACCACGGGGCCGCAGAACGGCCAAUCAGAGCCUGAGGUGCAGGCUAAGCUGUCGUCCACAGCAGGACAGCUGGAGGAGGAGGAGGGCCUGAGGCAACACCUGACUGACGAGUACCUACAGGCUCAGAGAACGGUGACAGAACUCCAAGCCCAGUUAGAUCUCCUGAAGGGUGCAGGAGAUGCGGAAACGGAGGAUGUUGCAGAGCUAAAGGAGCGUCUUGAGAAGGAGAAGAAGCUGUCUAAGGACCUGGGCCAGGCUGCCACCAAGCUCCAGCAGCUCCUGAAGGCCAGCCACGACCAACUCGCCAAAGAGAAGGACGCAGUCAAGGUCCUGAGGGACCAGCUUCUAGCAAAGGACGAGACUGGAGAGGUGAAAGAGGGAACGUCUGUCUGAAGCAGACACACACACUUACACACUACAUAGUUCGCCAAAAUGCCUUACAAUGACCACAAUAUGCAUUCCUGCAAGAUGAUUUUUUGUUGUUGUACUGUAGUUAAAUUAAAAAUUCAAAAAAAGGAAAAAAGACAAACUUUUCAUGUUAAAUGUAGGUAGAUGUGAUACAAAUCUCCUUUUUUAAUGUUGAUAUAAACAUUCCAAUAAUGAACUUCUGACCAUGUCAGAAAAGUAUCCCUAAUCUUACUUUUGUUCAAAGUCCCCAACGGUUCAGUGUUAAGGGAAAACGCAUGUACGUUAAAUGUACAUCAACUAGUGCAAUGACUUUAUCGUUUGCUUUGUCAAAGGCUGAGAAAAGUUGGAACAUGUUUAAGGUACAAUGCUUUACAUUUUAUGCCCUCUACUUUUGGUAGUAGCCGGCUGGAAACAAAAAUGUAUGAAUUUGAUAUUGAAUAAACUACAAUGUAGCUUUAA